GGCCGCAGCGCCGCCUCGCGCCCGUGGCGGCACCGCGCGUUGUGCCGCGGGAACGAGCGGGAAACGGGGCUGCGGAACGUGGGCCGUGUGCAAACACCGGGCGGGGCCGCCGUGUGCCCCCCCCCAUGCAUCCCCAUUAUGUGUCCCCUCCAUUGUUUCCCCCCAUGUUUCCCCUCCGCCAUCGCUGUCCGCCCGCAGCCGGUAGCGGCACGUGCCGGCCCCGCUCCCCGUUGCGGAGCUUCGCUCGGUGCCCGCCAUCGCUCCGCCGUCCCGUCCCGGUGCUGCCCGGCCGGUCACUCCGGGGGUCGCCCCGCAGCCCGUAAUUCCCCGCGGGGUUUCCCCGCCGCCCCCGGGGCUGACGCAGCCGGUGCCGCUGUUUGUGGGCGGCUCUUGGUGCCGCCACCCGCCGCCGCUCGUUCACUCGGUGGCUCCGCGCCGCGCACCGACCCCAUGGGAGCGGCCGCUCCGCUGCUGAGCGCGGCGCUGCUCCUGGCGACCAGCACCGGGAACAACGCAGCGCCCUGUAACGGCAACUGCCCCGCGGGUACCUUCGUGUCCGGCUGUGGCCGUGCCCCGCUGUGCCAGCACUGCCCCGCCGACACGUUCAGCCUGGCAGGAUCCCGCAGCUGCGACCUGUGCCGAAAGUGCGAAGGAAGAUUCACGUACUUAAAGGCGUGUUCACCAGUAAGUGAUGCUGUGUGCACGUGCAAGGAGGGAUAUCGCUGCAGUGACAGCGGCUGCUCCCGCUGUGACAGAAGCUGCGGGCCGGGCAAGGAGAGAACUGGGAGUGGUUGCCGGGCUUGCCGCUAUGGAACUUUUAACGAUCAGCCUGAUGGCUCUUGUAAAAACUGGACAGUGUGUUUUGAAAACCAAGUUCUGGAGCCUGGAACUGCAACUAAAGAUGUGCUUUGCAAACACAGUUCAAUUAAUCCCACUUUACCCACCACUGUACCCAGGACUUCUCCUGCAAUUCCAUUUCCUAUGGCUGUGCCAGGGAAGGAUCUCCAGCUGGACAUCAUCAGAAUUUCCCUCGCCGUAGCAGGGCUGUUGUGCGUAGCAUUUCUGCUGCCUGUGUGUGUAUGUCUCAGUGUCUGGCAGAAAAAGAAACUACACGCUGUCUUCAAGAAAACACAGACUACGCCUGAACAGUCAGUCCAGGAGGAGACCUGCAGCUGCCGCUUCCCUGAGGAAGAACAAGGCGAGGAUCGGGAUUGUGGCAAAUCCACAGAAUUCAGAAAUCUUUUGGAGAAUUAAGAGUGGAACGGUCCAGGUCAACCAUAUUAGUUUCGUAUUAUAACACAACAUUAUAGUUAGUGAAUUUCAGAGCGCUAAGUGGUCCAUCCUCUAAGGAAAAACACACCUUUCCUAGUUUGACUGUUCUCUAGGCCUGGGAAUCAUUUCUCAGCAGUAGCAGUACUGCUGUGCUUAAAACAAACAAUACAAGGGGCAAUAUGGCAUUCUGUCUCCUCUUAUAAAUAGUGCUUAAGCCAUAACUUACGUGCAGCCUGAAAGCAUUUGUCCUUAAAAUGGAGACCUGUAGCAUGUAGGAGAGCCACGUGUGCCACUCAUGGUCUCUGCAUUACUGUUAGCAGCUGUCCUGUGUCUGCAGCUCCUCUCAAAGCACAGCUCAAACCCAGCAGUGGUGGGCUGCUGCUGCAAAUACAGAUCUCAUCUCAUUUCAGACUUUCAGUUGCCAGCAGCCGUGGAAACGUAUCUGGCCUGACCACCAGACACAGCUUCUUAUGUCAGACAGAGGAAAAUAUGAAAAAAAAAAGCUAGAGCUGCAAAGUUUAGUUUUUUUCUUUAAAAAUAACAGAUUGUAUCUGCUGCUGUAUUACAGAGAUUGCCUUAAUAGAAGCAGUGGAAACACUGAGAAAAGCUGUGGUUGACGUGCUCUUAGGAAGGGAUGUUACUGUGCACUUAGACUGUAACACCUCAGUCCUACAUCAUUCAGCUUUCAUCAUUUCAGUGAUGUAAAUGUGUGUUGUAGAUGUGGUAUUUGUAGAACGUGAUACAUUUCUGGUACUAUUUCUGUACCUCUGAGGUUGGAAAGAUUUUAACAUCAGACAGUGUAUCUGCCUUUUUGAUCAAGUGCUGUUACUUUUCUCUUUCAGACCAAAGAAAAUGCUGGUGCUGACAGCAUUUUUAACCUUUCUCAGACCCAAAUAUUUUAUUUCUUCAGUAAAUGUUAUUAAAAAAAUAGAAUUAAAACCUAUCAACAUGUCAGGUAAAGGGUGAUUUCUCCUUUAUGUAAUUUUAGCUUUGAAAGAAAGAAUACCAUUGUCUGAAGCCUAUGUUUCUAUUCAGCACAAAAAUUAGAGUUUUUUACGUAGUAAUUUUAAUAAACUUGCUGCUUUAUAACUUGUUAUGUAUAUUUGACAAUAAGUAGAAAAGCCUGAAUCUCAAAGUUAAGUGUAUGUAAAUAAACAAUCUGUUUGGAAUCCCUAGA